UUGCUCUCCAUUCUCACUCCCAAACCCAAACCUAAAACAAGAUCAAACCAUGGCACCAAACAACCUCAAAAUUUUCAUAAAACACUGCUAUCAUCACCUCAUCUCCAACGCACUAUUUCUCAUCAUUCCAGCACUCCUCUCCACCGCAAUCCACCAUCUCUCCAUCAAUCCCCAUGAUCUCUACAACCACAUGAGUUUCAUCGCCACCACCGCCACCAUCUUCACCUUGUUGACGGCAAGGGCCUACUUCCUCCGGCGCAGAAAGGUAUACUUGGUGGACUUUGCAUGCUACAAACACGACCGGGCCUUCUUAACGAAUAGGGAUGCUAUAAGGGAGACGAUGUCGGGCCUGCUCAGCCCGGAAAGCCUCGCCUUCUCCAGCAAGGUCAUCGAGAGGUCGGGGGUCAGCCGCGACGCCUUUGUGUACGGCCUCCACGAUUUCCCGCCAAAAUCCUCGUUCGCGUGCGGGAGGGAGGAGGCGGAGAUUGUGGUGUGCGGAGCUGUGGAUGAGCUGAUGGCCAAGACUGGGGUGGAUGCUAGUGAGAUUGGGGUGGUUGUGGUGAACAUAUCGACGUUCAAUCCGGUGCCGUCGCUCUCCGCCAUGAUCGUCAAUAGGUACAAGCUGAGAGAGGAUGUGCUGAGCUAUAACUUGGGGGGUAUGGGCUGCAGCGCCGGUCUCAUUGCCGUCGACCUCGCCAAAAACCUUCUCCAGGUUCGAUGCAACACUUAUGCCCUAAUAAUGAGUUUAGAAAGUCCAACCUCGAGCUACUACCUUGGCAAUGACAGAUCAAAGCUCCUCUCCAACUGCCUCUUCCGCAUGGGUGGCGCCGCCGUCCUCUUAUCCAAUCGGCCCUCUGACCGCCGCAUCUCCAAAUACGAACUCAGCCAUACCCAUCGCACCCACUUCGGUGCCGACGACCGCGCUUAUAGAUGCGUCUUCCAAGAGCCCGACAAAGAUGGAAUAUUGGGCAUGUCUAUAUCCAAAGACCUAAUGGCCGUCGCCGGUGAAGCCCUCAAGGCCAACAUCACCACCCUGGGCCCACUAGUGCUUCCCCUCUCUGAACAACUCUUGUUCAUCGCAACAUUAAUCGCUCGAAAAUAUCUCAACAUAAAAGGCCUAACCCCAUACGUGCCGGAUUUCAAACUGGCAUUCGAACAUUUCUGCAUCCAUGCUGGCGGGAAGGCAGUGUUGGAUGAGGUGGAGAAGAGUUUGAAGCUGACGAUGUGGGACAUGGAGCCAUCGAGAAUGACACUUUAUAGGUAUGCUAAUACUUCGAGCAGCUCGUUGUGGUACCAGUUGGCUUACGCCGAAGCCAAGGGUCGAGUCCGGAGGGGAGACCGGGUUUGGCAGAUCGGGUUCGGGUCGGGUUUCAAGUGCGCCAGUGGAGUGUGGCGGGCCUUGAAGACUAUUCAUCCUCAUCAACUGGAUAACCCGUGGCUUGAAGUGAUCGAUCAGUUUCCUGUUUUUGUGCCUAACUAAACUCUCUUACCAUAUUUCAUAAAUUAUUAAUUAUGACUUUCAUCGGUAUAUUUUACUAUUAUAUUUUAUCUUAUUCUAUUGUAAUUUGGUACUACGCAUCAUAAGUCGCGUGGAUACAAGUUGUUUCUUGAAUAGAUAUUAUUAAUUAAUUAUGAGUUAA